AUGAAGAACGCCUACUGCGACGACGGAGGAGUACAACUUGAAGGCUUCCAAAUCGUGGAAAGACCUUUGUUGAAAGACAUUGUGGAGCGAUUCCUUGCGAAGACAAGCGGUGCGCUGGGAGAUAAACCGAAGUUAUAUGCCUACUCUGCGCACGACACUACACUUGCUGCUGUGCUGUCUACGUUAGGUAUCUAUCCAACUGAGUUUCCGAAGUACGCAAGUGCAGUAUUAUUGGAACUGCAUGGAGUAGGCGGACAAUUCGUGAUAUGGGCGCCAUCUCCAAACCAGAUAUCACUAAUAGGACGAUGUUUUGAUCUUUGGGAGCAGUUCAGAGUUCUGGUUGUGGGUUACGAAUAUGGUUAUGCUCAAUCCCUCCUAAUCGUCUUCCAAAACCGCCUCGUUUCGUACAAGAUCUACCACAAGAAUAUGACGGAUGUGGACGAUGUGUAUCGUUAUGUAAUUCCUGAUUGCCCGGAUCCUUGUACACUUGAUGCUCUCCGAUCUACUGUGCAGAAGUAUCUCCCCACUGAUUGGACUGAGGAAUGUGGUUUAUCGGGACCGAACGCUAUCAAUUAUAUGAUUUCUACGGUUGUCUUCGCCUUAACAACGGCGCUCUUAGCGGGCUUCAUAGCUUUGGAUGUGGCGCUGAAGCGCAGGCGUCAUUCGUUUGCCACUGAUCCACUCAUGAUUGAUGAUGACGAUGUAUAA